CGUUAUAUAUUCAUUUUCGUGCACUUGGAUAAAAUAAUUUCCUCAAAUAUGUCAAAAGUAACAACGGCAGAGCAAUACGAAAAAUUGUGUGAUAUGAUGGCCACGAAAAGAGAUAUUGCGCAGGGCUUCCAAAAGCGACCGAAGGAAGAAGUACAGGAGUUUUGGGAGGAGGUUGCAAGGAAUUUAAAUGCACUUGGCCCACCAACAAAAGAUUCCAAUACAUGGAGAAAGGUCUGGAUUGACUGGAAAUGCUACAUGAAGCGAAAAUUAUCGCAUAACAAAAAAGAAAGGAUGAGCACCGGUGGAGGUCCUUGCCUUUUACAACGCAUAAGCCCACUUGAUGAAAAGGUGAUAGCUUUGACGGGUUUGGAAACGGAUGAUAUCCCUUCAACCAGUAGAGCUAGCAGCCAAAAUAGAGAGGCGAGAGCAGACAAGCAGAGCACUUCUUCAUUACUUAAGCAACAGAUACAAAUCAAAAAGAAUUUUAUGCAGAGACGAAAAAAUUCAAUGAAGCUGCCUUUGGUAAAAUGGAAGAAGUUACUUCAUAUUUACGACACAUGAAUCGUUCUCUAGAAACUUUGGCGGAGACUGCAGUGAAGCAACUUGAAGAACAGAAGCGACACAAUAGAAUUAAGGAAGAGCUGGUGAAGGAAAAAGUAGAAAUAAAAAUGCAAAUGCUAAGAUUAGAUCCAAAUUAUAAGCCGGAUUCAAAGUAGUCAUUUUUCAAUUGUUAGCCUUUUAUUUAUUUUACUAUUAUUCAUUUAUAUAACGAGCUGUGAAAUGAAAUAAAAGCAUUUACUUUUUUAAUAUAGGAGCUGUAAAAUGCACUGAAUGCAAUUGUUUUUAUUUAAUAGAAUAAU